AUGGUCAAAUACCUCGUCGGGCGGUGAGUCAUUCUCGAGUCCAGGAUAGCUCGAGCAAGUCCCACCACAAGGUCUCGCUCGCCGCAACUCGCUCCCUUCUCCUCACUUACCUGUAUCAAGGGGACUCCCACUCAACUCCCCUUCUCCCUCCCCUUCUUUCUCCCCUCAACUGUCUCUCACUCCAUCGACGAUGCCAAAUUCCGACUCGCUUCGAUCUGCGUCAAUGCGAAAACCCAUAGCGUAUCCGACCCGCUCGUGGGAGUCUUUACAGGUCUCUUUGCCUACUACAUCUACGAGACCGACCCACGCAACGCGGCUCAAAGGCCAGAGGGAAGGAGGCUAUGGGAUCUGCUCUCGAGAUGGAGCCGAGAUGAAAAGCCGGACAAGAGCCUUUAUGAAGAGGUCAAGCAUGUACACAAAGUCUAG